AUGGGACUCACUGGUGUUCUUGAUGUGGAGGUUGAGGUUAAGUCUCCGCCGGAGAAGUUCUGGGGAGCUCUCGGUGAUGGCGUCAAUCUCCUGCCCAAAGCUUUCCCUCACGACUAUAAAACCAUCCAAGUUCUUGCCGGUGAUGGCAACUCUCCUGGCUCCAUUCGCCUCAUUUUCUAUGGAGAAGGAUCUGCACUGGUGAAGAUAUCGGCGGAGAAGAUUGAAGCGGUGGAUAUGGAGAACAAAAGCUGGACGUAUAGCAUCAUUGGCGGCGAAUUGAUGGAGUAUUACAAAACCUUCAAAGCAACCAUCACCGUUACUCCUAAGAAGGACGGUGGUAGCAUUUUGAAAUGGUCCGGUGAGUUUGAGAAGACCAGCCAUGAGAUCCCCGAUCCACACGCCAUCAAGGACUUUGCUGUCAAGAACUUCCAAGAAAUUGAUGAGUAUCUCCUCAAGGGAUCCAGCAUCUAA